AUGCCGCGGAUGACGCCGGCGGGCGCGAGGCUCAUCCUGGACCACGUCCUGGGCGACCACUCGGUCCCCGCCGCCGCCGUCGACAAGCUCCUCGCCGCGCUCCCCUUCCCCUCCGACCCGACCCCGCGCCUCCGCCGCGCGGUCCUCCUCCGCCGCCUCGCCGCCGACCCUGUCUCCGAAUCCUCUCUCGACACGCUCCAGCUCCUGGCCUCGCUCCCCGCCCCCGCCUCUCCAAUCGCCGCCGCCCACAUCGCCGUCGCGGCCUUCAUCGCGGCCUCCGCGUCCGACUUCGACGCCGCCGCGAGGGCGCUCUUCGCGCGCCCCGACGGCCGCGCGCGCCUCGCAGUCGACGAGGGAGGGUCCCCCGCGCUCGCCUCCGAUGAGGUCAUCGCCACAGUGGACCAGUUCGAGGCCGCCGUCGGGAACUCAUUCUCUCAGACCGUCCUCAGGGGCCUGUGGGGCGACCGGUCCGCCACGGAGGAGCGGGUCAGGGAGCUCCUCGCCGCCGAGUGGGCUGCGAUUGGGCCGUCGCUGCUCGUUGCGGCGGCUGAGCGGAUCGUUGGGGAUGGGGCCGUCGAGAAAUGGCGUGCCGCUGAUGAGUCCACCCGUGCCAAGUUCUGCAUUUUGGCUGGGGAAGAAAAUACACGUGAGGUUCUCGGCAAACUUGAAGAACCUACCUCCAGUACAAAUCCAAUUUCAACACCAGCUGUUGAGAAGGCGAUUGACGCGCUCAAAACAAGCUGUGCUGACCUUCACAGUGUUGUGGAGGAUCCGCUUCCAGCUGCGAAGGCAGUUGCAGAUGAGGUAUUGGCUGCAAGGUUGGAGAAAGGCGUUAGUUUGAAUGCUGAAGUAAGAGGCCAGCCAACAACUUGUGGCACUGCAGGCCCGAGUGCUCCUAAUUAUAAAGACAAGGGUCCAAGUACAGGUAAACCUCAUAACCUUAUGGAUUGGAACCCAACAGCACGGACCUUUCAGUGGGAGGAGUCACCUGGUCCUGAGAGUUCAGAAUCAUCAUUACGCAGACCGCACUUGCCUAGCCCAAGGAGAGCACCAGUUUCUCCUUUGCCGCCGUUAGAAAACAAAAAUAGGCGUAGAAGGGCAAGGAAGUGGUGCUUGUUGGAAGAAGAAACACUAAGACAGGGUGUUGAACAGUAUGGUAGUGGCAAUUGGAAGGACAUUUUAAAUAACAAUCCUGACGUUUUUAUCGGCAGAACACCGCAUAGCCCGAAGGAUUCCCGCGUGUCGGUGGACAUCUACGACGAGAAUGGCGUCGGGGGAGGCGCGUCGGGCGUCUCGGGAGGGCUUCUCCAUCCCUACUCGCCUAAAGUGAAGCUUCUCUGGAGGGGUGCUGAGUUCUGGAAAGAGAGCAUGGAUCUCCUUCGAAGCGCAGAGCAAGCAAACAGAACCACGGGGUCAGAUACAACUAAUGAAGAUGAUAACCUUAUCUGGAGAAGGGGAAUUGUACGGCCACCUACAACCGAGAAAGCUGCAGACAUAUUGCUGGAGAGUUGCCUCGAGAGCUGCAGCCUUCAACUGCUUGAUUCUGAUGCCGCACAGCGUCUGAUCCCUGGGCUGUGUACCCCAUUUGACUUCGCAGUUUACAUGCCACUGGCACUGAACAUCAACCCUAAGAAAUAUCUACAGGCACUGUUCUCUGCAUGCCAAAAUCUGGCAGAUGAAGCAUCCUCAUUACAGAGUGAGCAGAAAGAGUUCAAGCUUUACAAGCAACAUGUUGAUAAUCUACACCAUUUGUCAGGCAAUUAUGAUUCGGUGAUCAUCUGCCUUGGGGCCAAGGCUCGCUCACUUCCUGAACUUGCAAAUAAGUUGCCUCUUAGGACCUGUAGAGGAGUUAUCGCUGAAUUUCAGUUGCCAUCCAAUACAGUAGAAGAGUAUGGCAGUCAAAGCCCUUCAAUCUUAUCUGAUGCAUGGCUGGCAUUCCAAGGUCCUCGAACUGUUUCUAUCGGAUCAACUUGGCAAUGGAAGUCUGAGAACGAUUCUUCAACUGUAUCUGAUGAAGAAUCUCUUACUGCAAUGGAAGAGUUGCUCCCAAAAGCUUCUGGCGUAUAUCCAAGAAUAAAUAAAUGGGAUUUUGUAGGUGCAAGAGCUGGAAUACGAGCCAUGCCUCCACUUACAGCUAAUGGGUCGUUACCACUGUUGGGUUGUUUGGAUGAUUUCCUAGGCAAGAAGAGCAACUGCACAUUUUGGCUAGUUGGUGGACUUGGUGCAAGAGGUCUUCUGUAUCAUGGUUUAGUUGGAAAGUUGACUGCCAAAGCUGUGAUUUCCUGUGAUGAAAACAUAAUACCUCCUGAGUUCACAUGCUGGAAUACAAUUAAGCCUUAG